CAAAUAGAGAAAUUUUCUAAAGAUGGCGGCUCACAGUGGAGGAACAGAUUGGCCUUCCGUGGUAAAACCACUUUUAUCAAAUAAUUACGGCAAUUUAAACAAAACUGAUGUUUUAAAUAUAAUAAAAGCUAUCACAAGAUGUGAAAAUGAUUUUUUCGAAAACGAAAACGUUCAUGGAGCGUUCUUUACUGCUUUUUCGGCUCUGGCUGCUGAUACAAUAAGUGGACAAUGUAGUCUGGUUUGCCAGACACAGGUGCCACAAAUGAUAGAAGCCAGCUCAGUCUUGAUUAGAUUUAUAUUAAAUAGAUUGAACAAACUGAGUGUCUUUGAGAUCAAAUGGAUGUUGCCUGCUUUGAAGAGUCUCUGCGAAGGAAAGCAGCGGUCGACAGGUUUUGAUCAUGCAACUGUUGCUUCGAUAUUGAAGGUAACAAAGUUCCCGGAUUCUAGCAAAAGUAUUGUUAGUGGAAGCAGCGAUAAGGACAGCCCCAAAUCGGAGAUCAAAAGAUCUCGAUCUGAUUUGUCGUCGGUUAUACUGCAACAGCUUAUUGCACCUUUGGAAGUGGGAAAUCCAAAUGCAUGGGCACCACUUAGUGAAGAAUUAACUGACUGCACUGAUAUUUUUUCAUCAGCUAACAUUGCUUACCUUGAAUCACUGAAUGCUGGCGAUGUGGUCUUGGAAAUGUGUGCUAGUCUACCAACGCUAUCAAAAUAUCGUCAAAAAUGCGAAGAAAGUAUUUCGUCGGGAAAACUUCUUUAUUUGCCGCUAACAACUGCAGAGGCAACACAAAUCAAGAACAAUUUUUCACAAAUGUCAACUGAAGUUUCGAUUCUUUGGCAAGCACUUAACUUGCCUAUAAUGGAGCCCUUGUCUCCACUUAAAAUAAACCAAUUAUCACGCUGCGCGAAAUCAGCACUCUAUUGUGCUGUUCUCACAUCCAUCUCGUGCAGUGUCCUGUCUAUGUCUACAUCUGGUUCACAGAAAAACCAACAGGCAGGAAGCUCAUCACAGGUGGGUAAAGAAUCAGACGAAACGGAAGAAAGUGCACGGAUAAUCGUGGACGAAGCAUUAGAAAUUUACACCAACAUAGGUGUGAUGCUUGAGAAUUCAGCAAGAAUACACGUAUAUCAGAAUCAUCUGUGCUUUGGUGCGUGGUUAUUGGUAACGGGUAUUCAAGGAGCGCUUGGAGCUUCAGGCAGUACAAGCUCAAAGCAGCAAGUACAGCAAAUUGAAUCAGAUACUAUUACUAAAGGGAAAAGCCCAGCUAGAAGCUCGGAUCAACACACUCCCUCUGCCAGAGUAAAUCUAUUCAAGGUACAGCAAGGAUUUGGUGUCCUAAAUGCGGCCAUUGCCAUUCACAGUCUGCACUUGCUUACUGAACUAAUUGACGAUCUAAAAAUCGAAGCUACUUGUGGAGAAGAUGGAGCUAGCGGAUCAACUGGAUCAAAUCAAAAUGCACCGGAACCGGCUGGAUUCGAUAUCUUGGAGCAGUAUUCUGCCCUCGAAAGAGUUGUUCGAGUGUUAAACACUGCAACCCUUCAGCAGUUGUUAACUUUCCUUGCAACAGUUGCUUAUCGCAAAGCGUGUUCUCUGAAAAGGGCCAACGCCAAAGAUCGAACUGAAUGUGACCCAAUAAGCUACUCGGAAUCAACAACCUAUUACAAUGACACAUUGUCUUGUUCGGAUAACUCGGAAGAAGACGACAGCGAAAGCUACCUGGGACUCUGGUUUAAAGAAACCCUAUCUCCAGAAGCUAAUGACGAACCUUCAGAAAGCCAAUGUCAAGAGAAGUUAAAUGAAACACAGAAAUCAAACUUAGUUCCGGCAAAGGACGAGCCACACGAAUAUUUGGAGCUGGCAGCGCAAAUAUUCUGUUUCCUUGAUCAAUCACUGGGAACUAAGCACAGUUAUUUAAACAAAUACGUGAAAUCCGGCCUAAGUGAACAACAGAUGGUCUUGUUGGCUAAUAUACUAAAAGAUCUCGACCGAGAUGCUUCAAGGGGCGAACCAGAAGCUUCCACUUGCCCUCAAUGGCAAGCGGCGAUGAUUAAAUUCUCUGGAGCCGUUGGCAGAUACCUGCAUAAUCUCAUAUCUGGACAGCUUCUCAGCGAAUCACUGCAAUCUAAUUUACUUUUGUACUUGUCAGUAUCGCCAUGGACUCAGGACACUAAUACUUGGCCGCUUCAGGUCUACUCAAGCACACUAUCGGUUCUAGUGCAGAUUCUCCUCCUCAAGCCAACACAAGAAAAGGAAGCCGCAUGUCUUUCCGUAUGGCAUCGUUUAGUGAAUACAUUGGUCGAGGGUGUUUGUUCAACUUCUGCAUCUAACCAAAGCUCUGAAACCGAUUACGAAGAUCUAAACAUCGAACAUGCUCAAUUGCUUCUCUUCCUUUUCCAUUCGCUAAAUCUAAUGCAGAAGAAGUCAAUUCUCUUGCUUACGGCUGGUGGAGUAAUUCGAUGUGCUGAAGUUUGUCGCAGUGUCUCACCCGAGAAACCCUUACGAAACCACCAGAUUAUGCUUCUCUCACGAUUGUUGCUGUUCUUGGAGUAUCUGAUGAAGCAUCUAUACAACGCUCCGACUGUUUUGCUCGAACAAGUCCGUUGGAAUCUAUUCUCAGUCAGCACAAUGGAUGGCAGUCAGAAGGUUUCUGAUCUUCUCAACAACAAAACCAAAAUGCAUUCAUUCUGUCGCAAGGAUAUCGAGGAUAAAUUUAGGAAAUAUGCUCCAGAAGCUUCAACAAGUAUUCGUCCUAAAUUCUAUUCGCUCGCGGUGGUUGACACCAAGAUUCUUCAGGAAUUCAAACUCGAUGGUUUGGCUUGGAAUUUUAUUCUUUGUACUCCUGACAAAUUGAAGUACCCACUGUUGGUCGAUGCUCUAAUCGACAUUCUCUCUGUUACCGACAUCUGCAUGGCUAAAGUGACUUCUCACACUUUGUGCGCCGUUCACUAUUGCUUUAGCAUUUGCUGGAAAUUACUUUUGGGUCUUCCCCCAUCAACACCCCAUGUUGAGGCUUUACUGCAAGACAAAACGCCAACACUGCAUUCACUCUUGUGGUCGAUUCGAUGCUUCCAUCCAGUUGCAACAUCACACUAUUUAAUUGUCAAUAGUCUAAUAAAGCAAGGCAUGUACACCCAGUACGCUGAGACUUUGUGGGCAAACAUCACCGAGCAUGUCGCUGAUCCGCGCUUUAGUCUGAAAAAUACUAUUUUCGGUCUUGAAGCUUUUAAUAAAACAUUUAAUAUACAAAAUCCACGUAUUUCAAAAAUUCUUACAUUAGAUGCACUCAUGGCUUACAUGCAUGCGCUCUCUUGGGCAGAGAAGGAAGGAGUUCAACCUCCGAAACAGACGAACACUCAAAGCAGUGAUCAAUCAGAAACUGCGGAUCAACGCGGAAUUUCUCCACCAAGUACAAGCAGCAGCGCAACAACUACAAACACUGAACUGGAAGAACAAACAGCUUCGAAAACAAAUGAAAAUGUAAAAGAAGAGCUUUCCAAAGACGUACUCUUGAUUCUCUUGGACACGCUAAAGAUCCUCAAUGAUACCGUGCAAAAAACAAUGGCCAAGAAUAUCGGUGGCACAAUUCCGACAAACAUCUUUGAGUUCUUGAUUCCCAUUGCAAGUCUAAAGAACACUUACACGUCUGAGCUUGCAAAUCAGUUCCUUAAUUUGGUUUCGGGGCAGGAUAAGGAAUCGAUAACAGUGGAGUGGACGAAGAAAUUGAAUGUCCCAGACGAGGAUUCGUUUUCAAGCAGUGUCUUCCCAGUGGAACUACACACCCUGACGGUAAUCGACGCUCAUCUGAUGGAGAUUUCAAAUCAUUCGAGUUAUUCGAUUCUUCUGUCCUUGAAGAACUCUUUGAAGACUCUUAUGCACUUGAUAUAUUACCUCCUUCCCGCUUGCAAAGGCGAUGCCAAAAUAGAAGAGCGUUUGAAGCCAAUUCUGACAGCUAUGCUUUUCGACAUAAGAAUGGAAUAUUUAUAUGAUAUAAGUGAGAAAUGCUUGAACAGUCUUCUGAGCUCAGAUGAAUCUGCAUCGGACGAAAGGCAGUUCCUAUCCUACAGUCAUUUGUUGAAACACUGUUAUGGAGUGAUCAUCGAGUAUGCCGAUGAGUGUAGGCAGACUCAGAACAUGACCCUAAGCGAGUCAGUUUUCUUGGAAGUUCUAAAAGUAAUGCAACAAAUGCUUGACAAACCAAUGGGCAUGAAGGCAAUGUACGAGUUCUUCCGUGCAUCAAACGCGGGAAGCUUGUCUGAUCUGCUUUUGUCGUUCACCGGCACAAACCUAUCACAGAAUUUCGCUACUAAACUACUGCAAUUUUUCGAAAAGCUCUUCCAGGCAGCUGAUAAACCAGACUCACUAUUCCCACUGCCUGAUUUGAUAUUGUGUGUAUCGGAAUUGGGACACACGGACAUAAACCGAUUGAAAAUGUGGCUGAGUCAUAUUCUUCUUGGGCCUGGACAAGGUGCUCAGCCUUCGAGCAAUUCCUCAAGCAACGCACAAACUCCCACCAAUAUGGCAACAGUUUCUGCUAUACCCAGCAUUUCUGAUCAAAUUGCUCAAUCGUCAGCCAUGGAUGCAGAAGCCAUGGAAAUCGACGAAGAUGGAGGCGUUCAGGUAGCUCCCAGCUAUAGCUACUUUACCAAUCGCUCGGAUUCACCGACUCAUGAGAAUGAAGGCGGCGUCGAGCGCAAUGGAAAGCUUUUACAGAAUAUUACAAAAUACAUUGUGCAAGAUGGCAAAACACCCCAAUCCGUAUCGAUGGUGCUUUUCCAUGCGUUACUUCAAUUGGGACAGUCUCUUCUCUGUCCAACUACAGAAGCUUCAGAUUUUUCAGAUUUACUCCAGGUUAUGAUAACAUUGGCUGAUGCUGCACAAGGUCGAGGACAUUCAACUUUGUUUACAGCAGCAAUAGUUUGGUUGGAUGUAUCAAAAUUGCACGUUCUAGAAAAAAUUGUUGUACCAAAGACGCAACAAGUAGUUUUGAGACCUCAAGUAGCCCUUGAUAAUGUAACUGCUCUGCUCCGGUAUAUGGGUGAUCUGCUACAGGCCCUCGGCUACAAAGGAAGCCGUUCUUUGACUCCUCCAUGGGAGGAGGACAUGCAAGCCGAAUUUGACGAUUUAAUGGACGAAUUAGGUGGAGCUGGAGAUGAUGAUGAUUCGAUUGUGGAAGAUUCAGACGAAGAUAGUUUGGGCAAUAAACUUUGCACUUUCUUGCAAACCCAGAAAGAGUUCAUGAACCAGCACUGGUAUCAUUGUCACACCUGUAACAUGGUUAAUACGGUGGGUGUGUGUUCCGUGUGUGCCAGAGUUUGUCACAAGAACCACGAUGUCAGCUAUGCAAAGUAUGGAAAUUUCUUCUGUGAUUGUGGAGCAAAGGAUGAUGGCUCUUGUCAAGCUCUUAGUCGACGUCUUAAUCUAUCAUCGGGUGUUCAAGAUCGCUCCUUGGUGCCAUCAGCUAUAGAAUCAGGUGAAACUUCGUAUUGCGGAGCGCUAGCCAGGAAGAGGGCUCAUACUCCACCCUCGCAUAUAUCAACAAAUUCCACACUCAACCGAUCGGAUGGAGGAGCUUUAAGUGAACGUGCUGCCUACUUGGCGAAAAUUAUUGAAUCAUCAAAAGAUACGCUGCAGAACAAUGAACAAUGGACCACAGUCGUUCGUUGCAUAUUAGAGUUCUUUGAACUGUUGAUGCCUUCAAUAAGAGAAAACUCUGCAUUAUUUUCCACAGUGGGAUGUCAUAAACGCACACAAAGUGCUCUUGAACGUCUGCACACUUUAGACCAGACAUUCCAAAUCAGUGAUCAGAUUAUGGUCCCAACCUUAGGCUCCCAGGAAGGAGCUUUUGAAAAUGUGCGUAUGAGCUAUUCAGGUGAUCAAGGCCAAACUAUAAAGCAGUUGCUGUCCUCUGGAUUAGUACGACGCGUAGCUUUAUGCUGUCUCUCAUCACCACACGGCAAGCGUCAACAUUUAGCCGUCUCUCACGAAAAAGGAAAGGUGACCAUAUUGCAACUCUCGGCGUUGCUGAAGCAAGCUGAUGCCGCUAAGAGGAAACUGACACUAACGCAGUUAUCGUCGGCGCCAAUUCCCUGCACUGUUCUCUCACUGACUGCCAAUCCAGCAAAUGAGGACUGUCUAGCUGUGUGCGGGUUAAAAGAGUGUCACAUUCUUACUUUCUCGAGCAGCGGUACUGCCAAUGAACACAUAGUUCUCACGCCUCAACUAGAAAAUGGAAACUUCAUAAAAAAAGCCAUUUGGCUUCCAGGCUCUCAAACUAUGUUGGCUUUGGUCACUGCUGAUUAUGUCAAAAUCUACCAACUCGCUGAAGACAGUUACAGCCCGAAAUACUACUUCCUGGUGGCAGUUGGAAAGAUUCGUGACUGCACUUUCAUUUACCAAGAAGGAGUGUACUACAUGUUUUUGAUUGCGUCUUCAGGAUACAUCUAUUAUCAAACUUUGGACGAUGAAAGUCUUGCAAAACACGGAGACUUCUACGUAACGAACACCUUAGACUUGCAGCAUCCUCAUAUCAAGGACAUAAAUGGACAAGUUGGAGGUGGUGGUGUCUCGAUCUAUUACUCGCAUACCCUGCAGAUUCUGUUCUUCAGCUACUCGCUUGGUCGGAGCUUCAUGGCACCUUUGGUGGACGUGAACCAAGGUGUCAAGUGUGUAAUGCAAGUUCAAACGGGUCCUCCUAAUUCUUCGAAGACCUCUUCAAAGGGACCACCACAACCACUGUGCCAGUGGACCGAAAUACCUGGACAUCCCGGGCUCAUUUGCGCUAUGAUGCAUACUUCAAACAAUCCGGUUGUUUUUAUGUUAACUCCCGAGCGCAUUGUGAUGCAAGAAAUCAAGGCUCAGAGUUCAAAGUCGAAGAUCAUGGACAUGGUGGCGAUUCGCCACACAGUAGCAGGUGUCGAGAAAACCACUUUGAUUCUACUUUGCGAAGAUGGAAGCUUAAGGAUAUUCACAGCUCAAGCUGAUAACACCAACUUUUGGCUCUCCCCUGAAGUCCAACCCAUUGGCAACCAAAUGUACUCAACAGCAACUCUUAUACCAGCGAAAGCAUCUCGCAAGAGUAAAUCCAAGUCCAGCUCACGAAAUAAUAGUGGAAAUGGUCAGAAAACCGUAGGACCAAACGGUACACCAGUUUUCCCAAUAGAUUUCUUUGAACAUUGCACUGUGAUGCCAGACGUUGAGUUCGGUGGCAAUGAUCUUCUUCAGAUUUAUAAUAAACAGAAACUCAAAACACGUCUUUUUUCAACGGGAAUGUUUGUUGCUUCCACUAAAUCAAAUGGUUUUACCUUAGAAGUAACUAAUUCUGACCCGAAUAUGGUUAUUGUCGGAAUCCGAGUGCUCCUGGGAACACAGGAUCCAUUAAGAGCACCCCAAAGUGUCACAGUUUUGGGUAGAACUGUGCAAACUGUCUUGAGGCGAGCCAGGUGGUUUGAUAUACCUUUGACAAAGGAAGAAAUGCUUCAAUCGGAUAAAAAGUUGAGUGUUGUCUUUGGAAGAUCUCAGGACCCGGAAAAUGUCUGCAUGCUGGAUAGUAUUGAGGUUUAUGGAAAAUCUAAAGAUCUUAUUGGAUGGCCAGAGGAAACAGACGAAACCACUGCAACAGGUGCUCCAGCCACCUCCGGAACAACUGCAACGGCAAAUGGAGGAUCAAGCGGCUCCGGCGAUAGCAGUUUACCAACCAUAACUAAUCUUGACAAGAUGGUGACAUCCAUGCUAGAAGUUCUAGACUGUGGUCUUGGUCUUCUUGGUGGAUCGAACAUAGAAUCAAAUUUGAAACAGAAAGCAAUAUCAGUGGCGACUUCUUUGCUUCUCAUGCCAACACCGAAUCCAGUGCAAAUGCAAACGAAGUGUGUGCUUGCCACAUUGUAUGGCAACCGUAAUGCUUAUCACGCCUACAAGGACAAGCAGAUUCUCAAUGAAGUGAACAAUGAGCUGAUUAAGCUGCAGAAAGUCGAAGACAUGCGUAGCAUUGAUCCUGAGGCUUUCUACCGCUUGGUCUUGCUUACACGAGGUAUUGCUGUUGCAAGACCUCAAGCUUUAACAAAGAUUUGUUCAGAAAACGAAUUUAUCAUUCUGCCAAAUCUUCUAGAGCUUAUGAAGAAACUAUUUGAAAUCACUCCGCGCAUUGACGAACCAACUUCGCUGGUGAAACGUGGUCUCUGCCAUACAGAACCUAUAAUUCAUUGUCUUGUUGAGAUUAUUCAUGCAUUUGCUCUCACGGAUCCAACACAAGUUGAAAAAAUGACUAAAUAUCUGAUAGAAUUGCUUUUGGAUGAAUCCAGUGUGAUCAGUCACAGUGCCAAGGAAGCUAUUAUUUUACUUCUUAGCCCGAGGGUAAAGCGUCGUAAGGUUGUCAUUGUGAGUCCACCAGCUUGUUCGACUCCUACUCCAUCGAAUACUACAGCCACUGUUACUCCAUCAACGAGCGCCAACGCAGGUGUUCAGCCAGUAGGUGCAGGAGUAGGGGACGACACUCCAUCAACAAGUCACAGUGGACCUGAUUUUGUUCCAGUAGAUGUGGAUGCUAUUGAGCCUUUGGGACUUGGCUUACCUGGCAUAAGUCACCCAUUGGGAAAUUUGGAAGCUUUUCUUGGCGCUGGCGGUUUUCCACAGCUGCUUGACCUUCAACAAGAUGCCGAUGAUGAGGCUAUAAUGGAUAUAGCAAUUGCCCUAAGUCUAGAACAACACGAUGGGCGAGAUCUGCGACAAGGAUUGGCCUAUCUUCAAGGUGUCCGUGAUGGCAGCUUGCAAAAUGUGCAACGUUUGGCGUCGUCUAGUAAUGCUGGUGAGGCUGCUAGUGUAUCAGUUGGUGGUUCAGACGAUGAGGGAUCUAAUGCUGCCACAGAUGGUUCUACCUUGAGGACAUCGCCAGCUGAACCCGCAGGUAGUGGAGGUUCGGAGAGUGGUGGAAGUGGAGUCGAGAGCAUUGGUGGAAUAUCCGGAAGAAGCAGUACUUAUGGUGAUCAACCUAAUGCAUCACCUCCCAGGAGCAGUGAACUUCAGUUGCCUCCUUUGGGAGAACCCCUGCUGCCUGAAGAAACACCCGAGGCAGAUGAACAACAAGCUGAGACAGAAUACUCAACAAAAUUACACGAACUUAGGUGUUCCAUUUUAAACAAAAUCGUCGAGAACUUCAAGUCGCUGCAAGGUUGCACUGGAGCGCAGGUUAUACCAUUAGUGCAAGUCGUCUUGAUGCUCACCACUGAUCUAGAUGGAAACCAUGAAUCUGAUCAGCAAAUUUUGAAUCUUUUGCUUAAUGCUCUUGUCGAAGGUUUGGGUAUGAAUCCAGCUUCUAUUGCGUCACAGCUGGUUGAACGAAAACCAAUGACAGAAGUAAAACUAAUGCUACUCUGUCUAUUUAGCGUUUUGAUGGGAAAAACAAAAUCAUCCAAACAAGCAGGAACAACAUCACCUCCACAUCAAUUCAAGGACAAUGCAUCAUUUGUUGCUUCAACAACUGCAAACACCUUAAUCAAAAGCGGAGCCAUUCCCUUCUGCCUUGUAAUAAUGGAGUCAUUCCUUGGACAUUGGCGAAGUGUUUCAGCAGCAGCAGAAACCGGUCACCAAUUGGUUCCUGCUUCUGGUUCGGCAAACAACUCAACUACUAACAAUUUGCUAAAGCCAACCAACUAUGGGCCAAAACCCGAUAUAUCCACUCUUAUUCCACACAAUUACUUAAAGAACUUCCCCGAAAUAUUCGACGGGUAUAGUGCCCUGCUUACCGAGAUUGCAGUACGACUGCCUUAUCAGAUAUUAAAACUGUCAGCUGGUCAUCCAGCCACAUACGAUUGGUAUCAUAAGUUCUGUGAGAAUAUGACAUUCACUUUGUGCGAGUAUAUGAUGUUGAAUUUGAGUCCGUUGUUGCGUCGUCAGGUGCGAAAGUUGCUCAUGUACAUUUGUGGCAACAAGGAAAAGUUCAGAAUGUUCCGUGAUGGUCACUCGCUUGAUGUUCACAUCAUCGCUAUUAAAAAAACAUGUGAAUUGCAAAACUCAAAGCAUAUUGGAAGUGGUAUUCAGCCGAUGUUGACGUACGAUGCUUUAGUGGAACUAACUGAGCAUCUCCGCGCUUGCCAGGAAAUCAGUCAAAUCCGCACUGGCAAUUGGCAAAAGUUCUGUGUAGUACAUGAGGAUGUUAUUCCUUCGCUUGUCCAAAUUUCAUGCUUCCAACUAGAUGACGGCGUCUCACCGAUUAUUCUUCAACUAUUGCAAGCAGCCUUCUGCAAUAACAACACCGCAACCAAACAAGAUUCUAAUAAGCAAUCAACAUCCUCCUCAUCAAAAACCCGACAAGAUCGUGAUAAAUCCGAAGAGAAUGAAAUGACAUCUGACUCUAAAUUCGAUCCAACACAUUGCAGUACAUUUGUUCACCAGCUAUUCCGAUUCGUUCCAGACCAUCUGCUAUCGAAGUUCAUAAAAAUAUUCCUUCUCGAGACAAACAUCACUUCGAUUCGCUGGCAAACACAUUCGCUUGUCUAUGCCAUCUAUGAGAAUAGUAACGACCGUCAAAAGGAGAAACUUAUAAAUUUACUUUGGAAUAUGUGGCAGUAUCUGCCAGCUUAUGGACGCAGAUCAGCGCAGUUUGUUGAUAUUCUUGGAUAUCUCACACUCAGCACCAAGUCUAUCUCCGAGAAACUUCCUGAGUACAUGGAAAAGGCUGUAGAAGUGUUGCAACAACAAAAUGAGCUGCUAUCCAAGCAUUCAAAUGCACCUAUUUACACAACUCUUGAACAGGUCCUACAAGUUAGUGGCUAUUAUCUGGAAUCGGAACCGUGUUUAGUUUGCAACAAUCCGGAGGUACCAAUGACCAAUGUGAAAUUGCCAUCGAUCAAGUCUGAUUCGAAAUUCACCACGACCACAAUGAUUGUUAAGCUCGUGCAGAGUCAUACAAUAUCGAAAAUAAUUCUUCGAAUUGCUGAUUUGAAGCGGACCAAAAUGGUUCGCACAAUAAACAUCUACUACAACAACCGAACAGUUCAAGCUGUUGUCGAAUUGAAGAAUCGUCCAGCUCUGUGGCAUAAGGCGCGUUCAGUAAACUUGCAAUCUGGCCAGACCGAAGUUAAAAUUGAUUUCCCGCUGCCAAUCACUGCCUGCAACCUGAUGGUAGAGUAUGGCGAUUUCUAUGAAACGGUAACUGGAUCUAGUGAGAAUCUUCAGUGUCCCCGUUGUAGUGCAGCUGUUCCAUCGUAUCCUGGUGUUUGUGCCAAUUGCGGCGAGAAUGUGUUCCAGUGUCACAAGUGCCGUGCCAUCAACUACGACGAAAAGGAUCCCUUCUUGUGUCAUUCGUGUGGCUUCUGUAAAUAUGCCAAAUUCGAUUUUAGCAUUUACGGACGAGCGUGUUGCGCCGUGGAUCCCAUUGAAUCAGCCGAAGAUCGCACAAAGACCGUUCAGAUAAUCCACUCGUCAUUGGAUCGCGCCGAUCGAAUUUAUCGUCAGUUACAGACAAACAAACAGAUGCUUGAACUAUUGAUUCAGAAAGUUGCCGAACAUCGUUCGGAUCGUCAGAUCGAUGACACCCUUGGAACGGUUCAUAGCACUUCCCAGGUGAAUAAAAUCAUUCAGUUAUUGGCUCAGAAGUAUUGUGUGGAAUCGAGGACAUCCUUUGAGGAACUCAGCAAAGUUGUUCAAAAAGUUAAAGCUUGUCGUAGAGAGCUUGUUGCAUAUGAUCGAAGUCAAAUGGAUCAACCGAACAAAUCAGCAAAUCCCGGAUCUGAAGAAUCAGCUGUCAAUCGAUGCUAUGGAUGUGCAUUAGCCUCCACUGAGCAAUGUCUUACACUCUUGCGUGCUAUGGCAUCAGAUCCAGUAUGUCGAUUAGGACUAUACAAACAGGGCUUGGUAGAAGAAUUAGCUCAAAAUAAUCUCCGACGUGGAACACCUCAAAUACAGGAUGAGGUGCGCAAUCUGCUCUGCUUGCUGACAAAAGACAACACCGAUGCCUGUCUCAAUCUUCUUGAUUUGAUCCAUGAACGAGUUAAAAUGGCUUUAAUCGGGGCCAUUCCUUCGGCAAACCUGGAAACGGCAAUACGCCACGAGAUGAUUCUUUUGGAAGUAAUCAUUGCUCAAGACGAUUUUUGUUGGGAGCAAAAACUCAAAGUUGUAUUCGAUUUGUUUUUGAUGGCUUGUCGUGAUCGUCGUGGACCAGCUGUAUCUGUUAUUCAGCCUUGUUUACGUAUUUUGCAGGCUCUCAUUUGUCCGCCAACACCCACAAGCAAAACAAACAAAGAUAAACUGCCUCAGGACUUGUCAAGCAUUACGACCGGCAGUGGCCUGACCGUUGACUUUAAAAAAUGGCUUGAAGAUGACAAAGAACAGUCUUUCGAAGCGUGGAAAGCAAGAAUGCCUUCGAAUGUGUCUGGAACAGAGAAACAAGCAAUAAAGAAAACUGAAGAAAAGCCUGUAGCACAAACCACACCAGGCCAAAAGGGUCAGAGAAUGUUUGGCGCUACGCUCGAGCACAAGCGAAUGCAACUCAGAAAAGCUUACCUAUGGGAAAAAUAUGGAAAAAGAUGGAGAAAUCUAUAUUUGCAGAAAGGAAUACCAAGUCCUCCGCUAGAAUUGAGUGCUUCUUGGUUGCAACCGAUUCUGUUUAAUGCAAAUUCUCGAUUUGGACGACAACUGGCUUGUUCACUGGUUACAUCGCUUAGCAGGACACACGAGCGAAAGAGAGAAUUGCUUAAUUUGUUGACGGGAUUCUUGAAGUAUGUUGGUGAGUCUGGCGAAACCAGUGCUGAAUUCUUAACUCUAUAUAGAGCUCUUGGAACUGAUUCGCCGUGGAGGCAGUACUUGGCACUCCGCGGAGUCCUCAUCGAAAUAUCGCAACUCCUUUCAGCUGAAAUAGUGAACAUACACCGUUUGGAAGAGACCACUCUCUCCUCAGAUCUCGCACAGGGCUAUGCCCUAAGACAAUUUGUUGAAUUGCUUUCGAUGUUCCUUGAAAAUCCAGCCAUUCGACAGGCAUACAAGACAAGACUCUUGGGACCAGUCCUUGAAGGAUAUCUAUCCCUAAGAAAACUUGUGGUUCAGCGCACUAGACUGAUUGAUGAUGCCCAAGAGAAGCUUCUGGAAAUGCUAGAGGAAAUGACCAGCGGCACCGAAGAAGAAACCCGAGCUUUUAUGGAAAUCCUCAUAGAUACGGUAGAGAAGACGCGAGUUAACGACAUCAAGACACCAGUUUUCAUUUUCGAACGACUCUAUUCGAUCAUACAUCCAGAGGAAAAUGACGAAAGCGAGUUCUUUAUGUUGCUGGAAAAAGAUCCCCAACAAGAGGACUUUUUGCAAGGUCGAAUGUUGGGCAAUCCUUAUCCCUCGUCUGAAGUUGGACUUGGGCCUCUCAUGAGAGAUGUUAAAAAUAAGAUUUGUACAGACUGUGAACUCAUUGCACUGUUGGAAGACGACAAUGGUAUGGAACUGCUAGUAAAUAACAAAAUCAUAAGCUUGGAUCUGCAUGUCAAGGACGUUUACAAAAAGGUCUGGCUUGCCGAGGGAGGCGAAAGAGAUGCCAUGAGAGUGGUGUAUCGUAUGAGAGGGCUGCUUGGUGACGCCACUGAAGAGUUUGUGGAAACUCUGAAUAACAAGAGCCAAGAAGAAGUUGAUACGGAACAGCUGUAUAGAAUGGCUAACGUCUUGGCAGAUUGCAAUGGGCUCAAGGUUAUGCUGGACAGAAUCUCCAGCUUACAAAAUCUUUCCCGCACCAGAGAACUUAUACAGGUCCUGCUGAAACUGUUCCUCAUCUGUGUCAAGGUAAGAAGAUGUCAAGAGGUACUCUGUCAGCCUGAACUAGGAGCAAUCAAUACACUUCUGAAAGUCCUGCAAAUUUCUCUUCAAUCUGCGGAAAAUGAUGUGCCCAUACAGUCAUCAGUCACAGAGCAACUACUUGAGAUCAUGGAAACAAUCCUUUCAAAGGCAGCCAGUGACACCCUUGAUUCGUUCCUGCAGUUUUCUUUAACAUUUGGCGGGCCCGAGUAUGUCACUGCCCUAAUUUCCUGUACGAACAUCCCCAACGUUCGAAACAAUCCAUCUGUUCUACGCCAUCUGAUUCGCGUUCUGGCAGCCCUUGUCUACGGAAACGAGGUUAAGAUGGCAUUGUUAUGUGAGCACUUCAAAGCAACUUUGGAUUUCAACAAAUUCGAUGCUGAGAAAACCCCAGAGGAUGAAUUCAAAAUGGAACUCUUCUGCGUACUCACCAACCAAAUUGAACACAACUCGAUUGGAGGAACACUGAAGGAUUAUAUAAUAAGCUUGGGAAUUGUAGAUGAAGCCAUUGGUUACAUUAACAAGCACGCGCCUUGUGUAAAGCCAACCUUAUUGCGGAUCGAUUCGGAUGAGCUGAAAGAGUUCAUAUCUCGACCUAGCCUGAAGUAUAUCCUGCGAUUCCUAACUGGGCUUGCCACAAAGCAUGAGGCUACCCAGAUAGCAGUGAGCAAGGAAAUCAUUCCCAUUAUACACCGCUUAGAGCAGGUUUCCAGUGAUGAGCAUGUUGGAAGUUUGGCAGAAAAUCUUCUCGAAGCAUUGUGUACGGACGAAAUAACAGCUAAGCGAGUUCAAGAGGUAAGAGAUUUUACCAGAGCAGAGAAGAAACGAUUGGCCAUGGCUACAAGAGAAAAGCAACUUGACGCUCUUGGAAUGCGUACGAAUGAGAAGGGUCAGGUUACAGCGAAGGGAUCGAUUUUACAAAAGAUUGAGAAGCUUCGCGAUGAAACCGGCCUGACAUGCUUCAUUUGUCGUGAGGGCUAUGCAUGUCAACCAGCAAAGGUUUUGGGAAUAUACACCUUCACCAAACGCACCAAUGUCGAGGAAUACGAAUUGAAGACUCGCAAGACUGUUGGGUACACUACUGUGACUCAUUUCAAUGUUGUUCACGUUGAAUGUCACACCUCGGCGAUUCGAUUGGCUCGAGGACGAGACGAAUGGGAACGAGCAAGUUUACAAAACGCCAACACGCGUUGUAAUGGACUGCUGCCACUUUGGGGACCGGAAGUUUCCGAAUCGGCCUUCUCGGCGUGUAUGACUCGUCACAGUAGUUACAUGCAAGAGAGCACCCAACGCGGCGAUAUAUCCUUUACAAGUAGUAUUCAUGAUUUGAAAAUGUUGCUGAUGAGAUUUGCUUGGGAAAAGAGCUUCCACGAGGAUGCAGGUGGCGGAGGUCCACAAUCGAAUAUGCAUUUUGUCCCUUACCUGCUGUUUUAUUCGAUGUAUUUGCUGCUUUCCUCUAGAUCAGCCACCAGGGAAGAGAAGACUCUGCAAACUUUUUUGACAGCACCUGCCUCCGAAAAGUGGUUAGAGUGUGGCUAUGAGGUUGAGGGAUCGCUUUAUUUAUUGACACUUUCCCUGGCCAUUCAUAACCAAGCCAACUGGAACAAAUACAAAUUGAAUCACUUGAAGCGUUUGAUUGCAGUUGCACAGGCACGUCAUGUAUCACCAUCUGUGCAAUGCAAAGCGCUUCUUUCAGCGAGUGACCGACAGGCGAAGGAUUACAGUGUAUACAAGCCCUUCCUGAUGAUGUGGGCACUCGUUGAUUUAGUCUACAGUCAGUUGUUCAAGACAGUACCUACCACCGAGGAUUGGCCAAUUGCUCUGUUUGACUAUAUUCGCAAAAAUGAUGAGGUGAUGCUAAAGGCUACCGAUACGAUUUUGCAGACAUUCACAGAUGAAUAUCUUCCUUGUACAUCUUUUGGCGAAUUCUGUGAUGUAGCUGGUCUCUUGAAUUUAAUUGAAAUGCCAGAACAAUUCAUUAAUGAUAUAUUGCUGUCGCUGCCGUCAACAUCUUCAAAUUAGAAAAUUUACUUAAAUAAACAUGAUUUAAUUCACAUACAUAUACUUUUAAUCGCAAUACAAUUAAUCGAUUUUAACUGUUGUUGUAUCGCCUAAUAAAAUUAUUAUACUUUAGUCUGCUUUAAAAUAA